AUGGUCAUAUCUACAAUAUAUUCACUGUAUACAUUGUUUAUAAUUAAGAAUGCUGGUCGACUAUUAUAUGCUCACCAAGAUGAUUGGGUACAUGUUAACUGUGCUCUAUGGUCAGCUGAAGUCUAUGAGGAAUUAACUGGAGCCUUACAAAAUGUUCAUACUGCAGUUGGUAGAGGAAGACAAUUGAGAUGUGAAUAUUGUACUAAACAUGGUGCUACAGUAGGAUGUUGUACAAGAGGAUGUUCUGCUAACUAUCAUUUUGUGUGUGCUAAACUAUCUCACUGUGUAUUUCAACAAGAUAAGAAAGUUUAUUGUGCAUCACAUGCUUCUCAUGCAGUGGGUGAGCUGGUACAUGGUGCCAAGUUCUGUGUAAACAGAAGAGUUUGUGUCAAUAAUGACAAGGUGAAAUUUAAUAAGAAAACCUGGAAUCGUGGACUUGACCCUUCAGUUAUGAACAUGGUUAUUGGUGAGUCAUUUGCAAAUCUGUGA